AGGACAAAGGAAGGAAGGAGACUAAACAAUAGAAAACAUAAUCAAAGAAGAAGGAAAAAAGAAAGAGGAAAAUGAAAGAGGAAAAAAUUUGUUUUAAAAAAACUUUCUAACCUGUGAAGUAGGAAAAUUCCUUUUUAUCUCCAACACAAAAAACUGUUUCACACUACGAGAUAAUUUUGUUAAAAAAUGUUGAAAUUUCGUUGAGAUAUUAAGUGUGGCGGGUUGAGUAUUUGAACCGGGGAGAAGAGCGGGAUCCUCGGAGCAGAUUUAUCCGUCCCUCCAGUUCAAACCUAUACCCUGAUCAAUCCAACCCUCCAGUUUAAAUCUAAACCCUGAGCAGUCUCGAACCCGGAAAGAGAAUAUGCGAACAGGGUUUUAUACAAUGAACCCCAAGUUGAAUUAGAGCAAGAUAAGUUUUGGAUAAUCCAUCUGUUGAAUCAUGUAUAUAGAUGGGGAGAAAAAUGGCGGGUCUAAUGUUAAGACGGAGAACGGAAAAAAUCCUAAUUGUGAAAAAGAAGAAGAGGAAGACAACCAACCCAUUGUCCCGCCCCCAGACGGUGGCUGGGGUUGGGCUGUCGUCUUUGCCUCAUUUAUGAUACAUGUUAUAGCGGACGGAAUUACUUAUUCAUUUGGGAUCUUCCUGGUCGAACUUAUCCGAGUAUUUGAUUCGGAUAGAGGAGCAACAUCUCUCAUCCCAUCCAUCCUUGUAGGAGUAACACUUGGAUCAGGACCGAUUACUGCUUCAUUUACGAACAGAUAUGGGUGCCGAGCAGUCACGAUUGCUGGCGCCAUCUUGGCAUCAGCUGGUCUUGCACUUUCAACGCUUUCCAACAGUAUUGGAGUACUUUACUUUACUAUUGGAGUUUGUACAGGUCUUGGGUUCGGCUUGAUCUACCUACCAGCAAUUGUAAGCGUGUCUAUGUACUUUGAGAAGAAGAGAGCUUUUGCAACUGGGAUAGCAGUUUGCGGUUCAGGACUUGGGACAUUCAUCAUGGCACCCGUCACUAAAGGGUUGAUAAAUCAGUUUGGGUGGAAGGGUGCAAUGCUGAUAACUGCAGGACUUAUCCUUAACUGUAUCAUAUUCGGAGCAAUGUUUAGACCUUUACAGCCUAAAUCUAAGAAAAAGUUGCUGAUGGUUGAGGAGGGUAGUGAGGGGAAGGUACUGCUUGAGAAUAAUGGAAACUACGCACAUCCAAUACAAAAUGGCGGAGCUCCGGAGUUGCAGGUUAACGGUGAACCUGUCCCACCCAUGAGACCGUUCGCUGAGCAGACAGGGAUGAACGGGAAGUACAACGACAUGACCCGGUUCACCAUGUCCCACCCCGCCCACCUAAACCAGGCAGAGAGUAAACCUAGGAUACAUUUUGGAAGCCACGCCCAUUUUCAGGGAUUAAAAAGUAGGAGGGGGUCCAGAGAUGAGGGGACAGGUGUUAUGAAUAGAAAGGAUAUUCUGUAUGGAGGUUCACUACUAAAUAUACCAGAAUACAAGCGGGAUCCCCAGGGAUACAGGAGAUCUAUCCAGAACCUACCUGAGGAUGCAGAGUAUCCAGGUACUCAGGAGAACAGGAUCUGCUGCUGCACUGUCUCUCCUGCUCAGGCCAGGUCAUUCAACCAGAUGGCGGACUUCAGCCUUUUCAGGGAUCCUGUGUUUAUCAUGUAUGCUGUCAGCAACUUCCUCACUAGCAUAGGAUUCAACGUGCCUUACGUUUACACCGUGGAUCGAGCAAUCUUGUGGGGUAUGGACCCUGAGAGUGCUUCCUUUCUUCUCUCCGUGAUCGGGAUCGCUAAUACGAUCGGUAGGAUCAUUCUGGGAUGGAUCGGAGAUCAAGGAUGGGUUAAAAGAUUGUACAUCUACAACUUCUGUCUUGUACUUUGUGGUAUAACUAUGGGGCUUAGUGUGUUCUGUACAACAUACACUACUCAGGCGAUGUACUGCGCUGUGUUUGGUGUGACUAGCGGAGCAUAUGUCGGGUUGACCAGCGUAGUUCUUACUGACCUCCUCGGCCUAGACAAACUCACUAACUCAUUCGGACUUAUUCUAUUCUUCCAGGGGAUUGCUUCCGUUAUGGGACCUCCGGUUAUAGGAGCUCUUUAUGACGCAAUCGGAGACUAUGACGCAGGAUUCUACUUCGCUGGAUCUAUGAUCUUCCUCUCCGGCGCCAUGUUGUUCUUUAUCCCACCAAUUCAGAGAAGAAUCGACGCUAAACCUAAAUUUAAAAUGGCGCAGAGUAAGAGUGAAGACGAUCUUCACGAAGAACUAUAACAAAACCAGAACAAAACUGAAAAUUGAAUCAAUUCAAAGUUUGUUGUUCAGAAACGAUGAUAAAUCCGUAAACUAGGCCUAAUAAUAGCCCAGUUUAUUCACCAGAUUUAAAGGCUCGGAAAAAGUUAAAUUUUUCAAUGCAUAAUCUUAAUUGAUAUGUGAAAAUAAUGCUCACUUUUCCACAUGCUCGAACCAUUACCCACUGUACGGAUACUUUGUUAGAAACAAAAACUAAAGGAUUUUCAAUGAAAACUAGAAACUGUAGUUUUGGUUUACAUUUUUACAACGUAUGGAAAAUGCAAUGCUCAGAUCGAAGCCGCCCUUCUCAGGAUUCUCAGUCAAACAAAACAAUAUUUUCGACGGCUUUCAUUCAAAUAAAUAAAAUCGAAUUUCCUAUUGAUUCCCAUUCAAAUUCAGUUAUCAAUAUAAUAUGUUUUUAUAAAAGCUGAAAUUUACAAGUAAAAUAUUGAGACUUUUCUGACUUGAAUGUUUCUCAUGUUUUAUAAGAUUUUCCUGACUAAAUGUCUCCGGGUCGUAAAUAUUUUAUUUUAUCAACCUAGUUUGUAUGACGCCAAAAAAGGAUACGAUCUUUCAUUGGAUUGGAAUUUUUCAUUUAAUUAACAUUUUUUUACCCACUUUUUUAUGAAAAGUUUUAUGAACUUUGAAAAGUCUGAGAAUUGCUGAACAUUCGUUAAUGUCGGUUCUUCCUUAAAAAACAUUUUUUUUAUUUAGUCUUCCGUUCUAAUGCAGCAAUAUAUGUAGAGUUAAUUAAAGGUUAAAACCAUCAUAACGACCGAUCUGUUAAAAAUUGCGAAUACAAAAUUUUGUAUUUUCUCGAGCGCGUAUCACGGAAACUGUGAAAAAUGUCUGUCCAUAUUUAUGAAUAAAUUGUGUCAGAUUGUGUUUAAUGCGUAUAUAAUUGUCUUCUUGCACGUACACACUGUUCAAAUGUCAUGAUUGCCUUACUGUACAUAAUAAAACCGUUCAUAAAUGUAAAAAAUAAAGGUUAGUGUUUUAACUGAACCAAUGAAAAACUAAAUUUUCACGUCUAUAAUUUUCUGUUAAUAAUACGGAUGAAAGCGAUCUUUGAAUUAGUAAUAUGAAUAAAUUAUUUCAAGUAAGCUGAGAAGUAAACUUGUAAAAUCUUAAAGUUAUUAAGCAUAUCAAACCAUCCUUCCAAAGUUAUAAAAUAAUAGAAUUCAUAUCGUGAAUGUUUCACAAAAUAUCAACAAAAUUUUAAAUAAUUUUUUGUGAACAAUUGAUAUUUUAAACUAAAUCUAAGAUUGCGGAUCGCUUUUAUCCUUUUAUUAUCAAAUAUCCUAAACAAGUUUAUCUUCUGUUUAAUGUUUCGUAAAUUGUGAUGACAUAACGUUCCUUCUUACAUACAGGGUGUCCCAUUAAACAUGGGAAUUCAGAGACGAUUUUGAAAGAGUUUUGGAAAAAAAUUAGCGUUUAUUUUACCUAGUAUCAAUGCUCAAAAUAAAGUUACGUCUGAUGUAAACGGUGAAAGACUGUUUUAUUAUUCUACAAAACGUUGUAUGAUGCUCUGCAACAUUUCUGAAAGAUACAGUUAAGAGAAACAACUGUACUGUAUUUACACGAAUUUCUAAUAUUAUUAAGUACACCACAGUAUGCCAUAAAAACAUAAACAAAUUCUGAACAUUAGCCGACGAAUGUUAGCUUUUUUAGUAGGUAUCACUAUACUAAAUCAAAAAAUUGUUUACAAAGACGAUACCAAAAUCGUCCCUGAAUUCCCAGGUUUAUUUGGACACCCUGAAUCAUCCUUGAACUGUAAAAAUGAUACUUAAACCCUUGUGGUCAGAGGGUUGUUAUCAGAUAUGUUUGUUUUCCAGACCUAUAUAUUGAUAUUAACCCCCUAACUUCAAGUGGUCGUUUUUGGAAAAAAUGCCCCCUCUGAAAAAUAUGUAAAUAAUGUUUAUGUUUUGUGAAAUAUUGUGAUAUAUCUGACAUGUGAAUAUUUCUAGCAUUUGUAUCUUUGACCGACGAGUCACAACUUAAAUAUUUAAUAAAAUUCUAGUUUAGUAUA